AUGCUGGCGGACGAGCGGUCCGAGCUCCGGCUGUUGUUGGAGCAGAUGCGCUUGGAGCAGCGCGAGGCGAUGCAAGGCAUUUUACAGGAGCUGCAGAGCUGGUCCUCGCGGAACCCUGCGAGCGGCGCACAGGAGAAGCCGGGCGCCUUCGCUUCACUGCGGCGGGCUCGGUCAGAGAGCCGGCUGCACAGCGUGCCGCAGCGGGUGCCUGCAUUGGAGGAGAUGCAGCAAAAGGUCAAGGCUGGCCUGAUUGGGGUGCAGGUGAUGCCCCUGCCACCGAGAAGCGAAGUGGUGAUGGCACCGCCUGUGGCGGUGGUGCCGCAGCCCAGCGAGUGCAGUUCUCCCCGCCCUCCCAGGGAGGGACCCCCAGCCUUGGGCCUGGGGACUGUGGCUUCGGGGCGGCGCCAAUCGCUGACGGCCGGGCGAAGGCAGUCGCUGAGCGAGCAGACGCAGCGGGGGCAAGACUUGAAAAAGUUGGCGAGGACUUCGCAAACAUCGAUCUUGAUGAGUGAGGGCGCGAUCGCCCACGAGAUCCUCUUCGAGAAGAUCGGAGUGGGCCUCUUCACCCGUUGCCGGAGGAGCUUGCUGACCCUGCUGUGUUUGGUCGCCUGCCUCCAGACCAGCUGCACCGUGCUGGUCUAUAGCUACGACCUCGGACAUCCUUCCAGCUACAUUUGGACGCAGGUGUCCACCUUAUUCUUCACCUUGCUCGCCAUCCUCUUUGUCAAACUCAUUUUCAAUGCCGUGAUGUCCCCCGACCUGAACACUGCACUGGAUCGGAUCGACCGCUACGUGCACAACUGCGACAUGGGACUCGACUGGCAGAGCAUGGCGCUGCGUGAGGGCUUCCGUGCACGCGUCCUGUGGAUCGUCUCCUGCGUGGGCUUCUGCGCGCUGCAGUUCGUGGAGGAAUGGAACUUGGGCCAAGGCAUCUACGAUAAGCAGGAGGUGGAGGAGGUGGAGCUGGCUUGGGCACGGAACCUCUCCUACUUCAGCGCAGUGGUGACCACCAUUGAGUUUGUCCUCUCCAGUGCCAUCGUGAUCAAGGGCACUUGGUUCCAGUGCAACUUGUUGGCUGGAUUGAGUAAGACCUUGGAUUGCUGGUGCAGUGAUAUUCUGCUGGACGUUGACUUUGAAGCAGCGGUCAGCAGUUGGAACUCUUUACAGGCCAUCCUGAAGUCGGUGGGCCGCGAACUGGGGCAUUGCUUCCUCGCGCUGCAGAUUUUGGGGAACGUCGGUUUGAUCACCGCCUUGGCGGGCGCCUUCAGCUUGGUCCUCUUCUCGGAGCAAUCCUUCGACUCGCUCAUCUUCCAGGAGUUGGCCAUGCUCCCUUUGCUGCUACUCUUCGCGCUGGCGGCACGCUUGUUGGGCGAGGGCGGGGCACUUACUAAGAAAUGUGAGGAUGUGCCCGCGUUCGUGAACCAGUUGGGGUCUACCGAGUCCGACCCUGCCCGGCAGUAUUUGGUGCAGUAUAUCCUCCAGAGCCGUCCAGGCUUCAUCGUGGGAGGCGCUACACUGAGCUACAGCGUCUUCUUCAAGUUGAUGGUGACUCUAGCCACCUUGGUAUCGGGCGUCCUUGGGAUGUUACUGAGGAAAUAUGUGUGA